AUGUACUCUUGGGAUGCCGAAGUCUCCCCUACCUAUACGUCCCUAGAUGUACCUCGGCCAUUCGCUGAAACUCAUCGUGACUCUACCGGAUCCUCUGUCUACUCUUUACCUGACAACCCUGCUCCUGACGUCCCACAAGUCUCUCAACAGGUCGCCAGACCUUUGUAUCAACCGAAUCGUCGCCCACCAUUAGGUCCACCUCCUUCAGCCCGUCGAGGUCCUGCGUCGUACUACCCACAGACGAACCACGUCGCGCCCAUCCUCGAGGAAUCUGACCAUCAACGAGGAUUGCACGAUUCAAAAAGUUCUUUCGCGUCUAGCAAUGCAAUUCCCAUCGGAAUCUCCAGACACCUUGCUGAUCAGCACGACAUGCUUCAAGCCGAAAAUUCUCCUUUCCAGGACCAGUACGAGGACUCUGACUCGAGCGAGACUGAACAAAUGCGCCCUGCUCUUGUUCGCCAGGCCAGCAUUGGUCGGAAAUCGGUACCGGUCUUGACCACGAUUAAGAAUGGUGAUCUACGACCGGAUAGUCAGACGCGACCCUUGGGUCCAAUCAGUACGCAAAGUUCUUCAAACGGGCGAUCUGUUCAUCAUGACAUGCGACGUGGCAGUGCGCCUGAAGACAUCGAGUCGGAGAUGUUAGAGAUGAAUCUCCCAAUGGUUGACAUUUCUCCAGAAGAACGAUCUGGAGAGUCUUAUCCCACACUCUCUGCAAGGACCAGUAGCAGUGACAUUCUAGACAAAGACGCUAUCGUAACCAGUUAUGAGAAUGCUAGUCUUCCUUCGAAUUACUCUGAGAAGCACAGUAGUCAGAGAUUGGAGAAACAAACAACACUUGCAGAAAGAGUCGGGUCUAGACGGCCUCCUAGGCUGAACGUGGAUGCUGUUCGAGAGGCAGAAGCACGUGGCAGUCUUACCAGCCUUCCAGAUCUCAUCCGCAGAGCCACAAAAGUCGCAUCUAACCUCGAUCGUGGUAGAACUGCCAGUCGGCUUGGAUUCAAUUUCUUCGAGGAUGAAGCGCAGAAGGCUCACGCUCCCGAGAACAGACGAUCUGGUUCGCUCUCUGAUAUCCUCGCUUCUUUCCCGCCGCCCGGUCUUGCUACUCCCACAGGCUCCAGAGGAGGGUCAAGAGGAUCGAAGGCGAUGCCAUGGACCUCAAAUUUGCAACACAGUUCUCUUACUUCUGAGAGUGAUCUUGGCGAGGCACAUGAACAACGAAGAGCGUGCUGUGGUAUGCCACUGUGGCUGUUCCUGACGCUGCUCUUGCUCGUGAUCAUCCUUAUUGCUGCUGCCGUCUUGAUUCCCAUCAUUCUAGUUGUCAUCCCGCAACAAAACGGGUCUCACAACAGUGCGUCAGCCUCUGCGCUUGCUACAUGCCAGCAAUCUCUCGACUGCCGAAAUGGCGGCAUCAAUAUCCUAGGCAGUGACGGAAGUUGCAGCUGUUUAUGCGUCAAUGGAUUCGCAGGUUCUGAAUGCUCACAGUCUUCGAGUGUAUCAUGCACAACAACAAAUGUCGGUAACGUGAACAACGCGACAUUAGGAGAUUCGAUACCUCGUCUCCUAACUGGUUCAGGGACAAACUUCAGCAUCCCACUCAAUGCUUCGAACAUUCUGGGUCUCUUUGCUUCAUCGAAGCUCACAUGCACUUCCGAGAAUGCACUCGUCACAUUCAACGGUCUUUCCGCUCGAGCUCUCAGGGACGAGGUACUCGAAAGCAAUUCAUCCCCCACAAAGGUUUUAUCAGAGCGUGCGGACUCCACGUCUGUGGCUGGAGCUGCUGUCACCAGCAACGGCAUUGUCUUUGCAAGUGGAUCGGCGCGCACUGCAUCACCAUCGCCAGUGCCUUCGGACUCCAGUGGCAAUUCAUCAUCUUCUUCCCUAUCAUCGCCAUUGUCUGACGCGACAACACUUGACUUCGCACGCGUCGCGGUACUAUUGGUAUUCCAGGAGUCAGGACAAUUGAACGAUGCUAUCACUGCUCAAGAGAAUCUCCAGAGUUACUUUACGUCUGGAACUACCAGCACUGGGCAAUUGAUCAACGCCUCGGGCAUCGAUCUUGGUGCCAACAUGAGCGCAAAUCUCUUGAAGCGCUCUGUUACGUUAUCCAAUGGCACCGUCAUCGGUGCUUAG